AUGAUUGUGGAGCAUUCAUCUCAGGAAUCAUAUGUUGCUGGCACGGAAUGUGGAUUUUGCAAUAGUAGGCGUAAGAAGAAGAGUUUUCAACGCUAUUCGGCCUAUGUAGCACAUGUGAAAUCGCAUAUGAAACCUGACCAGUAUUUUUGUGGUGCUUGUCAAGAGGAAUUCACCUACUUUACCUUGUUCCAACGGCAUCGUCGAAUAACUCAUGGAGCUACGGAUACGGAGGAUAUUCCAAGAGGAUUUUCCUUCGAACUAGGAUUUUGUCCGCAUUGCGGCUCAUUGAUUGCGCUUGACCAAAUCGAAACGCAUCGUCUUCUGCAUCAGCUUCAUAACAAACUUGGGAAAGGAAAGCGAGUCCCGUCUCGGAAGCGAAAUGUUCCUGUGGAAAACGAGGUAGCUGACGUUUCACCGACAACGGAAUCUAAUGGAAAAAGAGGCGGUAGAUUGAAUUUUCCGCCGAGACGGCCGCGGAAAACUCACGCUUGUCCACAGUGCAAUAAGAUCUUCCAAAGGCCGGCGGAGGUGAAGAGGCACGCUGUAGUACAUGCUGAAGUUCGAGAAAAAUGGAAGUGUUCGCAGUGUGACAGUGAGUUCUCCCAUAAGGCAGGUUUGGUCGGGCACAAGAAAGCGGUCCAUGAUGAUCCCCUCAAUGCAUUUGUCACUUGUAAAAUUUGUAAUCAAACUUUUGCAAAGCAAUCGAAUCUCAAUCGUCACAUCAAGAAGCAGCACCCCAUACAAAUCAAGAAUGCAGUAGUUGAUUGUCCAGAAUGCAGCUGCGUGUUCGUUAGUCAUGCAUCGCUUACUAGGCAUCGACGAAUGAUCCAUGGCACAAUGUACUUUCCUCCGUUCCGCUGCCCCACAUGCAGCCGUACUUUUAUCAGGGGCGCACAGUUACGACGCCAUCUGCUUGUUCAUAAUGCCAGUGAGGCAGAAAAGCCGUUCUCAUGUAACCGAUGUCAUAAAAGGUUCAAUCUGAAGUCGACUCUAAAGCUUCAUAUGGACGUUCACUCGCGCAAAGAUGUGGAUGAUCCCAUUUUGACUAAUCCGAAGUGUCCAGUAUGCAUGAAACAUCUCUCUUCACGUAACGCUUUGAGGAAGCAUAUGGCUGUCCAUGAACGUAACUAUGAGUGUUCCGUCUGUUUCCAGGUAGAUUUUUACGUUUUCCAAUAUGGCCUU